AUGCUAUCUAUUGAACAACGUUAUAAUAUUUGUUUGAUGGCUGAACGCCAUCCCAAGUGGAAACAAUUAGAGUUAGCCAAGUGGGCCUAUGAGACUUUCCAAUUGCCAUCGAUUCCUUCCCAAGGGACUAUAUCUCGUGUAUUAGCCAAGCAAGACGUUUAUAUGAAUUGUAAAGAUCACGAAAGGGAGUCGAAUAUAAUUCGUAAGCAAAAUAACAUUUUGGUAAGACGAGUCUUAAGAGAAUGGGUCAAUCAAAGUAUUUGGAAUGGGAUACCCAUUACGUCUUUAAUUAUUCAACAUACAGCUCAAGCAAUUUGGCAUAGAAUCCCAUCCGAAUUCAGGGAACACAAUGGCUCAUUUAGUCAUAGGUGGAUUAACACGUUUCUGUCGAAAAUGGGCAUCAAUCCAAAUAAUUUAGACAAUGAAUUACCAAAGACCCCCAAGAUUUGGACUUUUGAAGAUAGAUAUAUCUUAAAAGAGUUUUUUGCCAAAGUUCCGCAGCAGGAUUUAUUCACUUUAGAUGAAACAUUUUUGGCCUACAAUUUACCAUUAGAUUACGCACAAUAUGAAACUAAUUGUAUUCAAAGAAAAAUCGAAGUCUUAACCGUAAUGCUUUGUUGUAAUUUGGAUGGUAGUGAAAAAUUACCACCCUUAGUUAUUGGAAAAUAUAAUAAUUAUAAAAGCUUUAAGAAUUUCUUUAGGAAAAACAAUAAUACUUCAAACAAUAAUAAUACAAAUAAUAAAAACGGGAAUGAAAAACUUUGCUCUUCCACAAAUUUAAAUUCAAACUCCACUUCGCAAAAUAAUGCCUUGUUAGGCGAACAAUUAGCUUCAAAAUUUAACAUUAAAUAUCAAAGUAAUAGAAAAGCUUGGCUGACAAGUAGUAUUUUCCAUGAUUGGCUUGUUAGAUGGGAUAAGAGAUUAGUAGCAGAUAAUAGAAAAAUAUGGAUCGUUUUGGAUGAUUCAUGCUCACAUAGAAUUGUUAAUUUAUCUUUGAAAAAUAUCAGAAUGGUUUAUACAAGCUCAAAUUCUAAAUUCUUACCUUUUAAUUGGGGGGUAUUAGAUGAUUUUAAAACUUGCUAUAGAAUUCAACAAUAUCAAGCUUUGAUCGAAUUACAAAAUAGACUAGAGAGAAGGACUGGUAAAAAAUUCCUAAUUAGUUUUGAACAAAGUCAGUUGACAAUGGCAAAUGCAUUUAAAUUUAUUAAAAAAUCUUGGGAUUCAAUUUCUCCCGAAAGAAUUAAAGCAAAUUGGAAAAGUUCUAGCAUUCUACCAUUCGAAUUAAUUAAAAUAACGAAUGACAAGGAGAUUAGUAUGGCCUUCAAGAAAAAUACUCAUUUGGAAUUACAAUUAAAUGAUUUGUGCCGUAAUUAUUAUUGUGUAAAACAUUGGGAAUACGAUUUAUUAUUAGAUUUAAAUAUUGAAAAUAAAAAUACAAAUUUUUUAAGUACUGAUGAAUUAAUUGAAAGUGCGAUCAUUGACAUGAAUGAGCCAGGGUUUAAUUCACCAACUGAAAAUUCAGGCGCCAAUAUUCCUAGUAAUUCAAGUAGUACCAACAACUUAGUAAAUAUGAUAACAAACUCAAGUUCAAAUGAAAAACCGAAUGACAUUAAAACCAAUAAAAACAUAAACUUAGAGUCAUCAAUUGUCCCUUCGAAUGAGUUGAGUGUAGAUAUCAAAAAUAGCCCCAAUGAUAAUGCAAGUACUGUGUCUACAAUCAAUCCAUUACCUAUUAAUAAUAACGUCCAAAGUAUACCCACAGUUAAACCGGAAUCUGAUUCAAAUAAUUUUACCAAUCAAUUAGAUCUAAAUUCAACCCCAAAAUUAGAAGUUACAAAUUUGGAUGGGUUAUUAAAUGGCGAUUUUACACAAGAAGCCCUAGAUAGGAUUUUUACAGUUAGUGCGUUGAUCGAUGGCCCAAAUGUUUGUUUAGAUAAAGAUGGCGAAUUUGAUCUAAAGAAUGUUGGGCUAAGUAGUUCUAUUCCUCCUUCUGACUUUUUUACUGAAGUUUUCACUCCAAAUUUAGACGGACAGUUAGAAAGUACUACAAAUACAACCCAAAAUUCAAACCCUAAUAGUUCCUCUCCUGCAGGUUCUCAUGCACAAUCACUAACACAUUCCAAUUUAUCACCACCACUUUCACAAGAUAAGAUCAUAUCGAGAAACACAACUCCAAUGACAGCAGUAGCUGCAUCAUCUACUACCAAUACUAUUCCACUUACAACUUCUAUGUCACAAAAUCUAUCAAGCAACUUAGGAAAUCCGUUAUCCCAAUUUCCAACUCCAAAUGUAAAUAUAAAUGGGAUGUCUACUACGCCUGGAUCUGCUAGUUCUGUGCAAACAAAUCAUAGCACAAAUAGUAACUCUAAUAGGCCGCCACCAUUACAAAAUAUAAAUCAACAGCCCAUACUUCAAACCACUGGGCCUACAAAUAAUAACAUUAUUCCUCCUAACAAUUUAACAAACAUCUCAGAAAAUAGUAACGCGGGAAAUUCCACGAAUUUCUUACCUAAUUUAAAUAAUUUAUCAAUUCCAGAGCUAGAUCAAAUUUUACAAUCAUCAGAUUUCCCUUCAACUACUACUGAAUCAAAUAAUAUGAUCAACAAUGCUCCUAAUACAGGUUCAGUGAAUAAUCACACCAUAAACAAUAAUAUAGGAUCUUCUAAUGCUGCUUCUCAGUUCCCAGAUCCAAGUAGAAUUAACAUACAAAAUAAUAUAAUACCUACAUCCACAACUGAUUCAAAUAUUAAUAUCUUAAAUAAUGAAAUUCUUACCAAUAACAACCAGAAUGAUACGGCUUCUUACUUAGGCUGCCAAAUAAAUAUUGCAAAUACUCUUGGCUCUGUUUUACAACAUUUAUCCGCCAACGAUAUUUUAUUUUCUGAUGCAACAAUUAACGAGCUUAGAACUCAAUACAUUAAUGUAUUAGAAAAAAUCGAAAAAAUUAAGCAACAAUUUAAUAAUCAAAAAGUAAGACGUGGUCAGGUCUAUUUAGAAAGUUUACUAGCAACUGCCACUACUGAUGGAAUUGAUAAAAAUAUUUUAAAUAUCACUGAUAAAUCGAACUUAAAUUGGCUGAAUCCCUCCUUAACUCAAAACAAUAUACCUAAUUCCAAUACUACUAGCAAUCCCUCUAUCGUUACUCCUGACAUGGUUAAUCCUGCAUAUACAGCCAAUGCAAAAAUGUCUACUUCAUCACAGAGUCCUGGCUAUAGAAACGACAGUAAUCCUACCAUUAGGGGCUUAAACAAUUCAAAUACCAAUAACAGUAUCGAUUCUAACCCUUAUGGUAGAUCAAACAGUAAUCCUCCAUACUUAUAG